AGCUGUGUUUCUUUGUCCGACUUGAUAGCGGUAGCAGGGAGGCUGCAGCCAGCGAGCUCCGAGCGGGCUGCGGAGGAUGUCGACCCCGCUGCGGGGACAAGCUCCGGGCGGGACGCUUGUGUCCAGUCGGCUGUUCCUCGCCCAGUCGUCCCGCACCUGCAGCCCUCUGCACCCAUGAAGCCCCCGCUGAUGAAGCCCCGAGCUGCCAAAGUGAGGCGGAAAGUGGCCGGAGACAGAGAGCAUGUACUGGCGCGUCGGGUUUGCCUGGACGCGGUCGUGUGUGGUUGAUCUUGGCCAGAACCAGAGCUUCUCCUCCGGGCUGCUGGGCUCCGAAGAGCAGCUCUCGUUUUAUGGGUACAUCAUCGCCUACCCACUGCAGGACUACGGCGGGAUAAUGUCAGCUCUGGGCUCGGACUCGUGGUGGCGGAAAACGCUGUAUUUGACUGGAGGGGCUCUGCUCGCUGCCGCUGCUUAUUUGCUGCAUGAAUUGCUGGCCAUCAGAAAGGAGGAAGAGCUGGACUCUAAAGAUGCCAUCAUACUCCACCAGUUCUCCAGGCCCAAAACUGGCGUCCCGUCCCUGUCCCCUUUCUGCCUUAAGAUGGAGACCUACCUCCGUAUGGUUGACCUGCCCUACCAGAACUACUUUGAUGGGAAGCUUUCACCACAGGGAAAGAUGCCGUGGAUCGAAUACAACCAGGAGCAGGUGUGUGGCACCGAAUUCAUCAUCGACUUCCUGGAGGAGAGGCUGGGCGCGAGCCUCAACAAGAGCCUGACUCCGCAGGAGAGGGCCAUGUCUCGCGCCAUCACCAAAAUGGUGGAGGAGCAUUUCUACUGGACCAUAGCUUACUGUCAGUGGGUGGACAACCUGGAGGAAACCCAGAAGAUGCUGUCAGUGAGCGGACCGCUGAGUGACCUGCUCAAGUGGAUCCUGAGUCACCUGACCGGCGGGAUCGUCAAGAGGGAGAUGUAUGGGCACGGGAUUGGACGCUUCUCUAAGGAGGAAGUUUACUCCCUGAUGGAGAAGGACAUGCGCACCCUAGCCACUCUACUGGGUGAUAAGAAGUAUCUUAUGGGCUCUAAGCUUUCGACAGUAGACGCUGCAGUGUUCAGUCACCUGGCCCCUGCUAUGUGGACGCUACCAGGAACACGGCCAGAGCAGCUAAUCAAAGGCGAGCUCAUCAACCUGGCCAUGUACUGCGACCGCAUCCGCCGGCGAUUCUGGCCCGAGUGGUUCGUGGACCUGCAGGACAUCUGCUACAACGACACCACAGAGUGCAGCGACUCAGCCUCUAGACUCCCCGAUCUGGGCCUCUACUCCCGCACGGACACUUUCCAGGACGACACACACACGCACACUUCGCACACUCACACACCACAGGACCCGCCGUCGCCCGACAGCGACCCUACAGGCCACUCGCUGUAUGACUCUGACAUGGACACGGAGUGCUCUGAAAUCGACCAGCUCAAGUGUUGACAAAACAAACACAUAUCGUACACACCACAGAUAUCCGCACACCGCAGGAGGGAGCUGCGUCCCACCUGUACACAUGCCCCCUACCUCUUUGAACAGAAAAUAACUGGGGAGUAUUUCUGUGUCAGCGGUGAAGUUGAGAACCUAGACGUUUAACUUGCACACUGCUGUGGAGGAAUGACUGCAGUAGAGGGAAAAGGGAGUGAAACAUAGGCCAAAAGGAAAACAAAGGGAGAGAUGGAGAGAAAAAGAAUGAGAACGCUGCAGUGGAGGGAAAGAGAACAGAGAGGCAGAUUAAAAGUAAGAACCAGGAGUAGAGAAACCAGGAGUAAAUGACGCCACUGCUGAGAAACUCCUCCACGUGGUCGACGUCAUCUGCAGUCACAACAACCUGUUACCUGUCAUAACCAUGGCAACUAUGUGUGUGCGUGACCCCUUUUGUCCCUCGUAGAAACUCGCACCACCCAGCCUUGUGUGUGUGUUUGACUAACUGAACCCUUAACGCCUUGUAUUGAUAUGACACGUAGGGAACUGUACAGGAUUUAUGUGAAUGAAUACAAUUCAGUGUAAAUAUAUAAAUGGAUCUAAUUUGAUUCUCAGAUUUAAUAGAUAGAAUAUUUGAUUAUAUAUGAGUAUAAAUAGUAUAGAUAGCCAUCCCCUCUGUCAUGUGUAAAUACUCUAGGUGUUUCUCCUAUGAAAUCCCUUUUGUGUUGGACACAAUGACCAAAUCGUCUUGUAAUAGUCUCCAUGAAUACCCACUCUGCUGGUCUAGGAUCAGUCUGAUUAGCCCUGUGACCUCCUGUGUACUGUAUGUUUCUGUCUACACAACUGGGAUAUUACAGUAAUGCCUGCUGCCCGUAUUUAAAUAAUGCAGUAAAACUUCAUGGAAGAUAAUGGAUAACAAAAGGCAAUCUGCCAUAAGCACUUUGAAACUAUCAUUUGUCUUAUUAAUUAUUUUGCCAAAAUUUUUCCCACAUUAGAAGCAUAAUAUGACAAUAUACAUUGUCAGGCGCCUGUGUUGUUUGAAUUGUCAUUGAGGACAGUAGCUUUAGGUCAAAUAGACAUUUUACAUGCAUUCAAGCAUUGAGAGCGAGUCAAACAAUCAUGUAGAAGUAGAUGAAACAGAUAAAUCGUCUGAAUGAAAGUGCAUGGCUGGUACGUGCCGAUGAAAAUCACCCUUUAGGCUGCACGUUGAUAAUGUUGACUACAUUUCUAAGCUGGCUUCAUUCAUUAAGUUUGAUGUUUGUUUGUCCGUGCCUCUGGAAAAAUCAACCACACAACGAUGUAGCCAGUUGAUAUUAGAAACAGGACUUUUUUCCCCCCAGCACAAUCACCCCAUGAUUCAAAAUGAUGGAUUGCUCAGAAAACGUUAUGUAAAGCAAUAACAGAACAGACACAGGUCCACGCUGUUCAUUUUUAAUGUUAGCCUUGGCUGCCUGGUUUUUGGGGCGUGCGAUGGUAAGGUGCAGGUUUUAUGUGUGUUUGUCACUCAGCAAAUGCACAAACCAACAUACUGUGUGUUAAGGCUACUAAUAUUACUAGUAUGUAUGCUUCUGUCCAUGUUGCGCAUGGAUGAGUCACCCUCUGUGUUUGGAUGAUGGCACACUGGUGACGUUUCACAGAUGAACCUUUCCUCCCUAACACACACACUUCACAGGGCCAUCCCAGAGGCUUGUGUAUAGAGAGAGACCGAUAAAUCAGCUGGGCCAAUAUAUUGGCUGAUAUUAGCUUAAGGCCUGGUCACACCAGAAAGUGGUACAGCGAAAUUUAUCUGCACGUCUUUGCGAAAUAUUUGGUUCUAAAAGCUUGGUGACGUGGUGGCAGGGCUAGCGCUAGUCAGUCACAAUAGCUCCCAGAGAUUCUCUCUAUAAAAAAAUCUAAAGUUAAUGAAGAGGGAAUAUAAAGCUCUCUGAGCUAACAAGUUUGCUAACUGUCGCUAACAGGUCACAUGGUUUUGAAAUUGCCACAAAGUUUCGCCACUUUAAAUGCUAGUGUGACCAGAUCUUAAUGCAGAUGUACAGUAUUUGUAUCUGCAUUAUAUGUCGGCCGAUUAGUAUCGAGAGAUUGGAGUACAGAAAUGCCAAAAAUGUGUUUGAGGUAAUUUAGAAAUAGUGUCUCCAUUACAAUGUUUGUCCACCAGAGAGCGCUGACAAGUUUAUUUCAACUGUAAAGUGUCCUGCUCAAUAAACAUCUUAGUCACGAUUCUUUAAUAACCAAAUGAAGGGAUCCCAAUCAAAAAGGUUUGCUUAUAUGUUUUAAAAAAUUAAUAUCAGCCAAUUUAUUGUUUACGGAUUUUUUAAACUCUCAAAAAUCAACAAAAUAUGUAGCAUUAAUAUGUAGCAGUAUAUUGUGAAAUAAGAAGUAACAAUAUGACGUCAUAAAUAGAAUCUAACACUUAGCAAAGGGUUAUAAAGGCGUCAUUGUGACUCUGGUGUCAUUUGUUUAAGUAAGAUCAUGAUGUCGAUGAUGGUUUUGGUAUAAAGAAUAUUAUGAUGAUUUUAUUGACAGCCAAGAUCACUAUUUUCCUCUGUGUGGCUCCUUCGCUUUAAGACAUUCUGUGUUCUCUGCUUAACAAAAUAACGCUUAAAACAACAGUAAGUCGGGCUUCAAACCAAAGCCUCAACCCAGCCUUCAGGAGGGAGACAGUAAAGCCUUUAUGUCUGCGUGCUGCAUAUUAAUUUCAAUACAAUAAUAUUGUCUCAAACUGAAAAAAUGAACAGAAAAAUUUCCUUCUGUGUCUUAAAACCCCUUGCCUGCAUGCUCUUGCCUUCUCUCAUUAGUCAGAUUUACCCUUACCAACUGACUUCUAAAGCUGUUUACUUUAUACCAGUGCCAGCAUAUGAGUUAUAUUUUUAUAUGUCAUAUUGAUUUAUUUAUUUUAUGAUGUUUAUAUUUAUUGAUUUUAAUGGUGGAUGUGCUUGAAUUUAAGAAACAAUGAUAUUGUUAAUUAUGUUGCACUUUUUCUUUGUUUACAUGUGUUUUCUUCUAUGGCUGAGAGUUCCUAUCAGUCAAAUGUAUUGAUCUGUGUAUUUGUGCAAUACUGUAGAUUCUCUGACUUCCGUUGACACGUAACGUAACACUGAACGAGUUGCAUAUUUUCACAUUGCCAGUCAUUGCCGUAAUUGCAUGCAUGUCCAUGUCUUGAGAUGUCAUGUUAAAUGUUAAAAUUCAUAUCAUAAUAUCGUUGUGUUAAACUGUUACAGUCCCUCAUCUGCUGCACAUUUUACUGUCAUGAAAAAACAUCAGAAAGUACAAAGUUUUACUCUGCAGAGAUUCAUGUCCAGCUGAAACCAUAAAAAACCCCACAAAAUAUUGAGGUAAAAUACCAAACUGACUGCUAGAGCACAGAUCAGCAAGGUGUGGUCAGUCAUCCGGCUGAUCAGCUGAUGAUCAGCGUCUCCAAUCCCUCUUGUAAGCUCAGCCAUUACAGGAAAAAUUGCAAAAGUCCUUCUAGAUCAGUGUCCGUGGUCGACUUCAUCUGUCUCAUUGUUCCUCAGCAGUUAAAGAUCAGGGGUCGGGGGUUCAGCCCCGGCGUGUGUGUCGCUCUCCCAAGGAGAUUUCUGCUUGUAGACUGUAGAAGCCAUAUUGCAUUGUCUCGUGGUGUCUGUGUGUGCUGAAACACUUGUGGAAUCUCAUCAAACUGUAAAUAAGAAAGCGGGGGGGAAAAAAGGCAAAUUAAUAAUCGAAUAAUGAUCUAAAACAAAAAAGCGCUCUGUUACAUUAAAAAAGAUUCUUAUGAAUGUAUCAUACCUAGAGAUAAAAAGCUGUAUGACAAUGGAUUACUCUUAAUAUUUCAUUAAAUAUAGCUGUGGUAUUUUC